ACCGUGUGUAACGGGGAGGCAGGGCAGCAGCGGGCGGCAGCUGUGUCGCUCGGGCCCCGAAUUUCCUCCUCUGGUUUGGAGCCAGGAAACGGGGCCGGCCGGCAGCAGGGCGCUGGGCUCUCGCUUGCGGCCCCCCUCUGCGGAAGGCCCCGGCAACGCGCCGUGUCUUCAUUUGCUGAAAGGAGAGCUCCCCCCGGAACGGAACGGGCCUGUGACGCUGGCAUAGCACCUCGGGGCGCACCUGUUCUUCCCAGACACCUGUUCACGGCCGUAUUGUUAUUCCUGCAACUCGCUGGCAAAAACCGCUCAGUCCUGAGGCCAUGGCCACGCUUAGAAGCAGCUCCUGCAGGUCCGAGCUCGGGAAGGAGCCACCCGGACUGCGGCCACCUUCAGUGUUAGUCAUUUACGUCCUGUAUCACCUAAGGCUUUACGCAACGUUUCCGCCCUGAGCCCCCGCGGUCUGAUCUGUGAUUGUAGUUGGCUGGCACGUAGGUUUGCGGUGUCUGAAGCCAACCUUCAAGAGAAGAAUCAAGGGGGAAACCCCACUUGAUGUGAAAUCCACCCAAGUAACAGCCAGUGUCCAGGCGGCCGAGUUCAGCGGGCCUGGAAAGGCAUGAGUGGGUUCUGAGAGCCGGUGCCCGGAACCGGCGGCACCCGUCUAGCCUCCUGGUCCCUGCCCGGCAUGCCGCCCCUGACGCUGGGCUCUGAGUCUGUUCCCAUCCGCGUGCUCACCCGUUUGGGACCCCUGCCAAGCGACGCUCCACAGGACGCCCGCAUCUGCCCUCACGUCCCCACAAAAACCCACCGCUGCUGAGAGCUCCCCCCGAUGGAGCGCGGCCGGCUGUUCGCGCCCCGUCCUGCUCGCUCAAGCCUCCUCCAGGGCCUGUGGCCCAAGUCUGAGUUCUUAGUGGCAUUUCCACCUGUCCCAGUUGUGCCACGAGCGUGCCUCUUGAGACAGGGACCUGCCCCGGGACACGUUCGAUUGGAGGAUUCAUCGAAGCAAACUCAAAACGUGUGAUCACGAAGACUGUUGCGGGGAGAGGGGGUGUCCUCGUGCGAUGAGGGGAGAGAUGAGGGGAAGCCAGACGCUGCACGAGACGGUCCCAGAGGCGCGCCGUUGGAAGAGAUGGGGCCGCCGCUUCAGGAAGUUCCUGCGUGGGUUUGGGGUCACGUGUAAAAGUCCCGAGGAGAGCAACCGACCGCCGUCAUUUACGAAGGAAAAGACGUGGCUCUGCAUCAGGGAGAGCAUCGUCCACGAUGCUCUCGUCCGUGUCUCUGCAAAUGCUGCUCUGCCUGAGUGGGGCGUAUGAUGCCCUGUAUUUCCUGGCCACGCUGCUCCUGAUCAUAUAUAAAAGUCAGGUUUUCACUUAUCCUUAUCCUUACCUGGUGCUCGACCUGAGUCUGCUGCUCCUCACGGGGAUUCUGGAAGUGGCUCGGUUAUAUCUUGAGGGCCCCACCGGGGUGCAGGCCUCCGGCCCUCUCUGCCUCCCGCGCCGCCGCAGGCCACCCUCUGGCGCUCCGCAGCGGGCGCCUACCGUGUGUAGGAGCACCCGCACGGGAAGAGCUGGUGGCGACCGACAGCUGGCUCCCCGGCCCUGCACCCCGCCCGGGCACAGCAGCAUGUCCCGCCCACCUGCACCAGCGACGCCGACGCCCACCAGCGAAGACGCAGGCACGUGCCCUUGUCACCCCCGCAGCACUGCGGGGGCCUGUGGGCAUCGCUGGCGCGGACGAGCCCACACCCCUGGGGCGGCAGGUGGCGCGGGGCACCGGCUCCCCUCCAGCAGCCGGGGCUCAGCGUUUCCUGUGACUGACCCGUUCGUAGAAUCCCCAGUUGUGUUUUACGGGUGUGCCCAACGCACUCCAGAAUUGCCCUUAGCCCAGAGAAAAAUAUUUUUGGAAAUUUUUUUUUAAAAGAUCUUAUUUAUUUUGAGAGAGAGAGCAGGAGUGGGAGGAGCAGCAGAGGGAGGAAAGGCAGGCUUCCCACUGAGCAGGGCGCCCCAUGUGGGGCUCCAUCCCAGGACCCUGAGAUCAUGCCCUGAGCGAAGGCCGCCCAGGUGCUUUGUUUUUGGAAACUUUUUUUUUUUUUUAAUUUUAAUUUUAAUUUUUAUUUAUUUA